AUGUUGGAUUCGCCGGAGCUGUGCGGCGAGGAUGCGCGUGCCCGGUUCAGCCAUACCAAAGCCAUUUUCGAACAGUUGGAGAAACACCAGCGCGAACUGCCUUCCUUCUAUUCACCCCGCCCGGUUCGGCAUCUGAUGAGUAGCAGUGUGCACGCUGAUCUCGCAGACAAUUUUGGGUUUUCGAGUGUACCAAAAUGCCCACCACCAGUACCACCCAAGCCUACGGAGGUGUUUAGAAGAGGUAGGGUUUGGUUUUUGAGGUUUUUUAUAGUUUAAGGGAUGGGAAAUGGAUUUUAUUGAAAUUUUAAAUUUUGGAAAGAAAGUUUUUGAAAUUUUUUGUUUUGUAAAGAAAAUUAUUGCAAUUUUGUGUUUUGGAAAGAAAGUUCUUGCUAUUUUUAUCUCAAAUCUUCAAAAUUGCUGUCGUGCAGCCUGCAGGUGACAAGUUAUACGAUGAAUGUCAUUUUUAUGUUCUAUAAAUUUUUUUAAAAAAUUUUUAAGCUUUGUAAACAAAGUUUCCGUGAUGUUAAUUCGAAAACCUAAUCUCUAUAAAUCGUGUCAUCUCCUUUAAUAUUCGAUAACAUAUAUCUUUUAUUUAUUAUUGUCUUUAUGAUCGUAGGAAGGCAUAAAACCCCACUGAAAUAUGGCUCAAAGAAGCGGCCAAUUUUAGCGGAAUUUCGUUUUUUUUUGCUUCUGAAUCGGGGGAUUCUGAAAACUGUAAAAGGGGGUUUUUUAAAUGGUAAGAACUUUCUUUACAAAACGAAAAACGGCAAGAACUUUUCUUAAUAAUCAAAAAAAAUUUAUCCAUCGUAUAACUUGUCACCUGCAGGCUGCAAAAUACAAGUUUUGGGGGUUUGGGGUAAAAAAUAGCAAGAACUUCCUUUACAAUUCAAAAAAUGACAAGAACUUUCUUUACAAAUCAAAAAAUCGUUAUUCAUCGUAUAACUUGCCACCUGCAGGCUGCACAAACACAAAUAACCUUGUUUUUUUAUAAAAAGAAGAAACUUUAUUUACUGACUAUGAAAUGGCAAGAACUUUCUUUACAAAGCAAAAAAUGGCAAUACCUUUCUUUAGAAUACAAAAAGUAGCAAAAACUUUCUUUACAAACUACAAAAUGACAAGAACUUUCUUUACAAACCAAAAAAUGGCAAAAACUUUCUUUACAAACCAAAAAAUGACAAGAACUUUCUUUACAAACCAAAAAAUGGCAAAAACUUUCUUUACAAACCAAAAAAUGACAAGAACUUUCUUUACAAACUUUAAUUUUGCCCCAAAAUACAGUACCCUUCCGUCCUUUCGCAUUCAAAAUGACGUUACAGACAGCCUGCUGGCUGACUGUUGUUCGCACGUAACCAGCUGAACCGACUGUUUUGUUUUUGUCAGGUUAACGACCGCAGAAUAUUUUUUCACAAAUUAUCGGUCAUUUUAAAUGUAAAAGGUUUGGGGCCGCAGGCACGGGAAGGAGAAACGGCCGAAGAUGUUCGGAAAACAAAAUUGCGGGGUACGUUCGGCCGUUUAUUCUUUUUUGUGGGAAUUGGCUUAGACUGUGGCCGGUUUAAACUGUGCUUGUCUUGAACUGUGUUUCGGGCCGGCUAAAUUGGCCUAAAUUGACGCUGGGUGUGUUAAAUUGGUCCGAACCGUUGUUGGGUGUGUUAAAUUGGCUUAAAUUGUUGCUGGGCGGGUUAAAUUGGCCUGAACCGUUGCUGGACGGGUUCAACUGGCUUUUUAUAACGAUGACGCAAAAGUCUUGUCGCUUUUGAAUGGGCUUUUGCACUGCGAUAAACGACAAUACUUUUUUUUGAAUCUUACGAGGAAUGUGCUCGAACUAACCCACUCUGACUGACUUCAAGCUUUUUAUAUAAAAAGACCAUACCAAUAUAAGAUCUUCAGCAAAGUACCAAAUCGCGCUUUCUAGGAAAUCUCUAGAAAAUCGAGAUUAAAAAAUUACGUUUUGAAUUUCCCGCCAAAUUGGCGUUGUGUUUUAAGCUUAUAACUUUGCCAUUUUUUGACUUUUGAUCAUUUUUCUUUGAUGUUUUAAGUUUGUAAGAACAGGUUGUCUGGAAAGUCGAAAAAAUGCUUGAAACACAAUGCCAAAUUGUGCCAAAUGGGCUGGAAAUUCAAUAUUUAAAUUUUUUAACCCAAAUUUGCGAUCUAAAAUUGUUUAUGUUUACAAAAAAGUGCUUGAAACAGAAUGCCAAAAGUUGCCAAUUUGGCGUGAACUCAGAUAUUUAAAAUUCAAAAGCGCGAGCUAACAUUUUUUAUGGUUACUAUUAGUGGUGCAAGGAAUUCAUAUAAAAAUUUGAGCUGAUUCUGAGCGGGGCAGGUAGGGUACUUUCCUUGUUAAAUUGGUAUUUUAAAAAAAUUAAUUUAGGCUUAAAAAUUUUAAUUUUUUAAAUUUUAAUCUAAAUCUUAAGCUUAAAAACCUCAUUUUAUAUUCUUAACUGUAAGCCUAAACGCAUUUUUUAAGCCUACCGGCCUUUAUUUUAAGCCUAAAGUAAAAUUUAAUUAACAAAAUUUAGUUCAAAACAAACAACUAAAGUCAACUUAAGUCUACAAACAUGCCUUCAACUUUACACCCCCUAAAACAUGCCAAAACCGAAACAAUAGCAGAUAGUAAUGGGGGUUUUAUGGUUAGUGUACUCAAAUUUAUAGCCUUUUUGGCGUUUGGGAAAGGCAUUGACAUGUUUCAAAGGAUUUCGAAGGAAAUGUGGCCGCUUAAAACAAUCUUUCCCUUUCUCUCGGUUUGGGACAUUCAUGUUGUCAAACCACAAAUGCUUUUUUGAGUCAUGCCUCGGUUACAAUGACCAGCCCAUGCGGUUUUGGGGGUGGAUUUGGAGGGUUUUAAUAGGAGGGGUAGGAAUUUAAUAGUAGACAUGGAGGGUAGGGGUGUGGGGGUUGGGAGUGAUAGAGGGUAGGGUAGACAUAAGGAACCGGCUAGGCUGGCUUUGGUUUGAAUUCAGGUUGGGACAGGUUUGAAUAUUAAGGCCCAAAAAGCCCGGCCCGCUUGCACUUAGGCCCGGCCCGAAAAAUAUUCGGGCCGGUCCUGAGCAAAAUUUGGAUCAAACCGGUCCUGACACUCAGGCUCGGAUGGUUCUUCACGCCUAGGGUAGGUUGGGGUAUGGCAGAGAUAAAUAGGCCUGAGAAACGGGCCGAGCCUGAAAAAUGGGCCCGGCCCGGUCGAAAUUUCGCUCAAUUUGGGUCCGGGCCAAUAGCAAGCCCGGGCCGGGCCGCAUUUUUUUACGUGGAAACGGGCCCGGCACGGUCGAAAUUUUGCUCAGCGGUCCGGCCCGUUUCCACGUAAAGAAUGCGGUCCGGGCCCGACCCAUUUUUUUAGGCCCGGCCCGAUCUAAAUUUUGCUCAAGGUCGGCCCGGCCCGUUUCUCAUGUCUAGGUAUGGCAGAGUAGGGGUAAGUAUGGGAGUUUGGCUAGGAAAAGAGGAGGGCGUGAUAAAGUAUGGCAGAGUAGUGGUAGGGUAGGACGGGGGUAAAUUGUUGCGGGUAGUGCAGGAUGGGGUAGGACAGGGCAUUACAGAAUACGCUUUGGCUAGGGAAGGAGGAUAAAGACGGGGUAGGGGGUAUUUUUUGUUUUUUUAAAUUUUGUCUUUACUGUGGAGAUCUAUGACAACAUAAUAAAGAGAGUGAUGUAUAGCGCCGCAAAAAUACCACUUUGUUAUUGAUAUAUAUACAAGGAUGAGCCAAGUUAUUAUUUACUCUGUCAUUUGUUUGCGUUCUCAGAUCUUUGGGUUGAAUUUGUGAGGGGGGUUGUUUUGGGUUUUUUUUUUUGGACAAAAUAUGUUGAAGUAUCUUCUAGAGGAAGAUGUUUUUAUCUUUUACCCCGCCGUACUCUUAAAAGUUUUAUUGGCUGGGAUAAAACAACAUGGUUUAUCAAAGAUAGAAGGUAGUGUAGGGUAGGAAGGGUUUAUAAGGUAGGGGUAGUUUGAAAAAGUUAGAGUAUGGCUAGUGUUGAGGUAGGUUUAGAGAAAGAUCUAAUAGGAAAGGAUAGGGGUAUAGGUUGAACCAAAAAUAGCGGGACACUUUUCAGUGAAAAAAUAAAUGAAAAGUGACCCGUUACUUUUGGUUCAACCUCAUAUAUGGCUAUCACUAUUUCUUUCUUACCCCUACCUGUACUCUUGCUUGUAGUCGUAACCCUACCUCUAAUCUUACCCCUAUAUCUAACUUUGCCCUUACCCUGCUUCUACUCAUACUUCUACUCUUGCUUCUACUUCUACCCUUACCCCUAAACCUAAACUUAUUCCUAAUCCGAUUUGUACCCCUACCUCUACCUUUACCAUUACUCUUGCCACUACCUCCCCAUCCCUCCCUACCCCUACCUCCCCCUCCCUCCCUCCCUACCUCUCACUCUUACUCUUAUCAUUACCUUUACUUUUACCCCUACUAUUACUCUUACCCCUACUUUUACCCUUACUGUAAAAACGGAACUUUAAAUUUCUAUAAUUUGUUAUAUCUAUACCUACUCUUAAUUAUACCCGUAAUUGUACCUAUAUCCUUACCUUUUCUUAUACCCUUACGUCUCCCCCUUUUUCCCCCACCCUUAAUCUCACCCCUGUUACUGCCCAUACUCCUUUCCGUGGUCCUACUCUUACCACUAUCCUUAUUUUCACUCUUAUCUUUGCCCUUACUCUUACCCUUCAUCUUACUCUGACCCUUAUGAUUACCUUUACUCUUGCUCUUACCGCUACUUCUGCCCUUACUCUUUCCCUUAUCACUACCUUUACUCUCACCUCUACUUUUACCCUUACCUUUUCUUGUAUUCUUAUUGCCCUUCUACCCCCACCCUUACUCUCACUUUUACCCAUGCCCUUACUCUUGUUCCUAUUCUUAUCCUUAUCACUACUCUUACUCUUACUCCUACCCUUACUUUCACUCUUAUCCCUGUCUUUACUCCUUUCCCUACUCUUACUCUGACUUUUAUGACUACCGUAACUCUUACCCAUGCCCCUACUUCUGCUCUUACUUUUACCCUUAUGACUACCUUUACUCUCACCCCUACUUUUACCCUUACCCUCAGUAAAAAUUGAAUUUUAAAUUUCAAUUUUUCCAAUUUGAAACAGAAUUCAUAAUUUGGCAAGGUCUAUCAAUGUUUAAUACCCACAAUGCUCCAGCCCAAAAAAGUUUAUUAAAAAAGUUUUUUGAAUAUCCGCCCACUCAGAGAAGCGGCCCCCUUCUCCCUCGAGGGUUUCGGUUUUUUUUUGGAAGUGUGGACAGGAAGAUGCCUCAGGGCGCGAAAUAGAUUACUUCUUGAUUUCACUUCUGUCUUACCAAACUUUAAUAGGGGUUGGUUUGGCAAAAGGUUUGAAGUUUUGAGGUUUUAUGAUUUGGAAGGAAAAUUCUUGCUACUUUUGGAUUUGUAAAGAAAGGUUUUGCGGUUUUAUGGUUUGGAAAGAAAGUUCUUGCAAUUUUUUGUAUUGGAAAGAAAGUUUUUGCUAGCUUAUGGUUUGGAAAGAAAGUUAUUGCUAUUUUAUGUUUUGGAAAGAAAGUUAUUGCCUUCUUUUUCUCUUGUAAGCAACGAUUAUGCUAUUUUAUGACCUAAAUUUCGUUUAAACAGUUAAAAUUAUAUUCUUCGUAUAACUUGUCACUUGCAGGCUGCACACGACUAAUUUUGCUUGAUUUAUAAUUGAAAAAGGAAAAAACCGUAUUUACAUGCUAAUAAAUGUCAAAAACUUUCUUUACAAAGCGAAAAAUUGCGAAAACUUUCUUUACAAAACAUGAAAUAGCAAGAACUUUCUUUACAGACAGGAAAGCGAGAAAAUUUAUGCCCCCUCCUCUCUUUAAGGGCAAAAAGUUUUUUAAUUUCAAUGCCAUACCUCCACCAAUUCAAACCAAUUCACAAAAAUUUCAGCCGAAGAGCCAUCGACCUCCCCCACCUCUUCAGCCAACACCACCACUUCAUCGGCGGCUUCCUCGCCGACCGCCAUGAACCAAAGUGCACCAACUACACCAAUCAAGAAGGAGCCAUCCUCACCAUUGAGCCAAGUCCAACAGAACUUUACUCAGUUGGCGGACGAUUUGGAAAAGAUCACGACCUCAUCUCGAAAUGACUUUGGCACAACCUCAGGUCUGGUAAAGCAUGUGGCUAGCAAGUUUCAACAGCCCGAGGCACCUUUUUCGAAUUCCCUGCCUAGGAUUGGGACUGUGCCAAGCUCGCCUAAGAAACCGAAUAAUUUGUGAGUUUUUUAAUGAAAAAAUAAGAAAAGUUGAGAUUUUUUAUGUUUUUAGAGGUUUUUUUGAAAAAUCAAGGUUUUCGUGGUGGGAUCUAAAAUAAUUUUUCAAGUUAAAUGAAAAGGCAAAAAAUAUUUUUUGUAGUGUUCUACAGUACGAUAUUCUUAAUACUUCUUAUUAAAUCUACUAAUUUUGAUGUUCAUUGGCGGUUUUUUAAAAAUCAAGGUUUUCGUGGUGGGACCUAAAUAAUAUUUUAAUCGAAUUGAAAAGACAAAAAAUAAUUUUUUUGGUGUUUUACAAAAUGAUAUACUUGAUAUUUUUUAUCAAGGUUUUUGAUUUUGGCGUUUUAAAACACGUUUUUCUUAAUAAUCGAGCGCUUUUUAUCCCUGAGUCGACAAAAAAAAAUCGAUGUCUCCAAAUUUCUUGAAAUUUUCAAAUUUUGCCCUUUGUAGCAAAGCAAACAAAGUUGCUUAAACAAGUUUUUCCAAAAUUACCGUAUUCGAGGUUACGGUAAUGUCGGUCGAUUUUUUGUAUCUCAAAAACCAGACAUCGUACAAACCCGCGGUUUUUACUAUAUUAAUCAGCAUUAAAAAAUACGUAUUUUAUAUUAUGACAACAUUUUUGCUGCUCUAGUGCAUCAGUGCGAAAAAAUUGAAAAAGUGUGCACAGCUACAGUAAUCCGGCUGUAACUCAAAAACUAUAUUUUAUUUACCCUAAUUUUUAUUUCAUAUCAUCAAUCAACUAUUUAUUGCGGUUAAAAUGAACCUAUGCACAUGUGCUAACCCCGAAUUUUUUGGGGUCAAAUGUGCAUUCAAAGUUCGCACACCUACUUUUUUAGUAUAAAUACCAAUAUAUAUUAAAUUUUUAUUAAAUUUGUGUCAUAACAAUACAAAUAACGUUUCAACUUACACGAUUGAUAACACUGAACUUAUAAAAUAUUCAAAAAUGUUAAAAGUUUGCAUAUUUGUAAAAAUAUUAUUUUUAUUAUUUAGGCUUAAUAAGUAAGGAUAAUAUUUUUAUGAAUUACUCGUUUUUUUAUAAUUAUUUACCUAAUUUUUUAUUGUAUAUUCUUAAUCUACUCUUUAUUGCGGUUAAUAUGAGCCUAUGCACAUGUGCUAACCCCGAAUUUUUUGGGGUCAAAUGUGCAUUCAAAGUUCGCACACCUACUUUUUUAGUAUAAAUAUCAAUACAUAUUAAAUUUUUUUAUUUUUUACAACAUAUUAGGUUGAAAUAAAAGUAGCGGUGACACUUUUAAACUAAAAGUUAACAAAAACUAAUGAACCAAAAUUAUACUGUGAAAAAUGACCCGCUACAUUUGCUUCAACUUAAUAAAAUAACACUCUUUUAACACACAAGUAAACCUUUUUUAAUACCUAUGUUUACUAUUUCGAUUACAACAUACCUUUACGCUCCCCAUUUACUUUUGAUGUGGUUGACGUAAUCAAGUUAAAGUCGUCCGUCGAGACGUACAAGACAUCUUGGGCUACAUCAAAUUUAAAUUAUGACUACGAUGUCGUGCUUCACCGACAGCCACCACCGCCACCACAGCCCACAGCCAGUAAUGCUGACGUGGUCGUCGUAGAUCUACGAUACUUUGUUUGCUGAACCAUUAGGAGAUGGAGAAAUUUUCGUAAUUGAGUGACGGUAGCCAGUCCCGGGCAGGGAUUUUUGGUCUGAAGGCGGGCGUCAAAAAAAAUUUCAGAAAAUCCACAGGGGAUCACGUUCAACUUUUUUUGAAAAUUUUCUUUUAUGUGUGUUUGACCUCAAAAAAUUCGGGGUUAGCACAUGUUCAUAGGCUCAUAUUAACCGCAAUAAAGAGUAGAUUAAGAAUAUACAAUAAAAAAUUAGGUAAAUAAUUAUAAAAAAACGAGUAAUUCAUAAAAAUAUUACCCUUACUUAUUAAGCCUAAAUAAUAAAAAUAAUAUUUUUACAAAUAUGCAAACUUUUAAUAUUUUUGAAUAUUUUUAUAAGUUCAGUGUUAUCAAUCGUGUAAGUUGAAACGUUAUUUGUAUUGUUAUGACACAAAUUUAAUAAAAAUUUAAUAUAUAUUGGUAUUUAUACUAAAAAAGUAGGUGUGCGAACUUUGAAUGCACAUUUGACCCCAAAAAAUUCGGGGUUAGCACAUGUGCAUAGGCUCAUUUUAACCGCAAUAAAUAGUAGAUUGAUGAUAUGAAAUAAAAAUUAGGGUAAAUAAAAUAUAGUUUUUGAGUUACAGCCGGAUUACUGUAGCUGUGCACACUUUUUCAAUUUUUUCGCACUGAUGCACUAGAGCAGCAAAAAUGUUGUCAUAAUAUAAAAUACGUAUUUUUUAAUGCUGAUUAAUAUAGUAAAAACCGCGGGUUUGUACGAUGUCUGGUUUUUGAGAUACAAAAAAUCGACCGACAUUACCGUAACCUCGAAUACGGUAAUUUUGGAAAAACUUGUUUAAGCAACUUUGUUUGCUUUGCUACAAAGGGCAAAAUUUGAAAAUUUCAAGAAAUUUGGAGACAUCGAUUUUUUUUAUGUCGACCAGGCGUCUCGAGCCUUACAAAAAACGUGUUUUAAGCGAUUUAUUGAAAUAUCAGUUUUCGUGGUGGGACCUAAAAUAAUAUUUCAAGUUAAAGAAAAAGACAAAAAAUAACCUUUUUUGUUUUUUACGAAACGAUAUUCGUAAUAUUUUUUAUUAAUUUUUUUUAAUUUUUAUGUUUUUUGGCGAUUUAUUCAAAAAAAGUAGGGUUUUCAUGGUGGGACCUAAAAUUUAAGAAAAAUUUUAAAAAGUCGAACAGUAUUGUGGAUAGUAGUAUGCUUAAAUUGAUAAAAGAUCUUAACUUUGUCGUUUUUUGCGAUUUAUUGAAAAAUCAGGGUUUUCGUGGUGGGACCCAAAUUAAGAAAAAAUAAAAUAAUUAAACAAUAUUGUGGAUAGUAGUAUGUUUAAAUUGAUAAAUGAUCUUAACUUUCUCGUUUUUUGCGAUUUAUUGAUAAAUCAGGGUUUUCGUGGUGGAACCCAACUCACUCAUAAUUUUUAUUAAAUCUGGUUUUAAAAUAAAAAACCAUUUCAAAAUUACCCGUUUCAGGUACAAAUCGACCACACUAGACAGUCGUCGAACCAAAGAAGCGACUGAAAUGAGUACCAGUUACACAGCACCAUCAGUACCGAAACCCCAAAAUUGUUAUGAACCAUACUGGAGGGAUCCUUCCUUUUACAAACGCCGCUUCGGAGUCGAAAGCAGUGAGAAGGAGAACGAAGAGAGGAAUUCAUCGGAAUCCGGAGACAGUGUACCAUCGGAACCAAGGCCAAGUCAGCAAAGUCCCAACACUUCGCCGACUUCCAAGAUUUCAUUCCAGUUUGGAGCUCUUGAACAACAUCGCGAGCAGGUAGGGGACAGAAAUUGAUUUAGGGGGUUAGGAAAGUGUUGGGCAGGGCAUAACUUUUGUUGGGGUAGGGUGGGAUAGAGGAGGGGAGCUUAGGACAGAACAGAGUAGAGUAGGGCAGGGUAGGGUACGGUAUAGGAGAGUAGGGUAGGGUAGGGUAGGGUAGGGUAGGGUAGGGUACGGUAGGGUAGGAUAGGGCAGGGUAGGGUAGGAUAGAGGAGGGGAGGAUAGGACAGGUAGAGUUGAGUAGGGCAGGGUUAGAGUAUAGGAGGGUAGAGGAGAGCAAUGUAGGGUAGAGCAUCUCUCUGGCUCGGGCAGGGUAGGGUUUUUACUUUUUUUCAAAUAAAAAAUGAUUUCAGCGCCCCUCCAACACAUAUCAGCCCUCAUUUCUACCCACCAACAUUACCAACACCAUCCACAGUACCAGCGCCAUCAACAGUACCACCACCCUCAACAGUACCAGCAGUACCAUAAUCGAAAAACCCUCCCUCUUCUUACCCAGAACCGAGCCAAAUGUGACAUUACCUCGAAACGACUCGAAUAUCAUCGAAACCCUGAGGGGCUUGAGCCCAGAUCGUGAGCUACAAGCUAAUAAGAAGGUCUCCUUCAGCACGGCACCAAUCAAAGUCUUCAAGACGCACGGUGUGGACGAGUACGACCGCCGGAACGACGAGGUCGACCCAUACGCCUCUUCGGCCGAAUACGAGCUGGAACGGCGGCUAGACAAGAUGGAGAUGUUCGAGGUGGAGGUGGAGAAAGGCCCCGAGGGCCUGGGCUUCAGUAUCAUCGGAAUGGGCGUGGGUGCGGACCUGGGCCUGGAGAAGUUGGGCAUCUUCGUCAAAAGCAUCACCCCCGGCAGUGUGCUGGAUCGAAAUAGCAGAAUUCAGGUGGGUUUUUCGAAAUUUAAAGGCAUGGAAAGAAAGUUUUUGCAAUUUUUUGUUUUGUAAAGAAAGUUCUUGCCAUUUUUUGCUUUGUAAAGAAAGUUCUUGCCUUUCUAAUUCUGGAAAGAAAGUUCUUGCGUUUUUUGCUUUGUAAAGAAAGUUCUUGCCAUAUUUUUGUCCUGUAAAGAAAGUUUUUGACAUUCCCAACAAUUUUCCAUUCAAAAACAAUAUCUUAGGUAGCCGACCAAAUAGUGAGUGUAGAUGGUAUCUCAUUGGUGGGUGUGAGCCAACUAUUCGCGGCCCAAACCCUCAGGCAAACCCAGCAAAGAGUCAAGUUUGUCAUAGCCAGAGAUCCGAACCUCGAGGAUUCAGAAGUGGCUGAACUAAUCAAGAACUCGCUAGCGGCUGAUAAAAACAAACUAGCCAUUAAAGAGAGAGACAAUGACAAUAUCUACUCGAAAGUGCCCAGCGAAUCACCCUACAGUAGAGCAGCUCCGGAUUCGGAAGACGACGAUGAAGCCAUGAACCGAAGAUUCAGAGAGAACUCACUGCCACCUCCAUUGCCUCCGGCAUUACCACCCAAAAUUGUGAGUAAUUCGACCAGCGAGAUCAUUCAGAAGAAGAUCCAGGCGUUGGAAGCGGAGUUGCAGGUAUUUUUUUUUGAUUUUUUUGGCUAGCCUACUUAUAUUAUGUUAGCCUAAAAGUAUAUAUAACCCUAACCUACUGUAUUUUAUUUUACUUUACUGUACAUUCUUCAAUUUUAAAAAAAAUUUUUUAAAAAUUAAAACUUCAGGACUCCCAAAAGAAGGCGGACCAAAUGGAAGAAGUGCUCCAAAGCACCAGAAGCCACUACAGCCAACUGGAAACCAAGUACGACCAAGCCCGCCAAAUGCUCCGCAACUACCAAGAACGCGAGCGGAAGCUGAUCGAAGUCGAACGAGAUCAAGAAUCCAAGCUGCGCGAGAAGGACGAACAAUACGGUACCAUGCUGGGCCAAAUGAAGGAACGCAUCGAAGAGUUGGAGCGCAAACUCGACCAAAACGACAAAAACCGAACCGACCAGGUCGAAAACGAACUAAGUCGCCUCCGUGAACAACUCGCCUCAGUCAUGGCCAGAGAGAAGAAACACAACGCCGUCCAAACCAACGAAGACACCCUCACCAAACAGAAUGUGGAUCGGUUCAGGGAGGAGGUACCCAACAAACCACCCCCACUACCGCCACAGAAUGAAAGGAAUGAAAGAGUACCAAUGGAAAAGAAUGAAAGGGUACCAAUGGAAAAGGAAAAGAAACCCAUGCCAAAACAAAGGCAUCCAGAAGCCGAACGACCGGUCAACAAAGGCGCCCGACAUGCUGGAUUGGUAGGUUGUGGUUUUUACUUUGAAAUGUGAAGUUUUACUUCGAAACAUAGCGUUAUAUGAUAUUAUUUACGCCAGAAAUCCAUAAUAAUGCUGUUUUUGAAGUAUAAUAUAAGUUAAGCCAGGUUUUUUUAAAAAAUGUGUCAACUUUCCAAAAAAUGAGUCAUGAUGACAACUUUAAAAAACUCAGUUUGAGCAAAGAUAACGUUAGAUAAUAGUAUGUUAUCAACAUCGAACGUCAAUUUAAUUUUUUUUUCAAAAAAAUGUGUUAUAUUUUCAAAAAAUGUCUUAUCUUUACAAAAAAUCAGUCAUGAUGACAAGAUUUAAAAAUUGAAUAGGGGUCAAAACAAGAUUAACUAAUGAUGGUUUAUUGCCAUAGAACGUAAAUUCAAUUUUUUUCCAAAAAAUGUGUCAUAUUUUUAAAAAAUGUGUCAUUAUGACAUAGUUCAAAAAUGCAUUUUGUGGUAAAAUAACGUAAGCUAGGACUUUUUUAUUUCUAAAAAACGGCAAUUAAAAUUUUUUGCAAAUUUUUUAAAAAAUGCGUUAACCUUCCAAAAAAAUAUGUCAUAAUGACAAUAUUUUUUGAAAAUUUAAAACGUUUACGAAAAGUGAAGAAGUGGUUCAUUGAAGUUUAAACUGUUUAAAGAAAUUUUUCAAAAAUUAAAAAAUUAUGUCAUCGUUUCAAAAAAUUUGUCAUCAUGAAAUCGAUUUGGAAAUUUUGGCCAUUUCUAGAAAUUUUUGGAUUUUCUUGAAAUUUAAAAAAAAAUUUAAGGGUCUUACUUGGCUACCACUUACCUUACAUCUAUAUCUGCUCCGAAUCUUUUAAAUUUUGUGUUUCAGACUCCAAGAUCAAUACCUCUAAGCGCAGCACCACACGUGUACGAGCGUUUCAUGGGCGGAGCCUAUUACAUUGACGAGUUUGGCGAAGAGCGCUUCAUGUCAUCAUCCUCAACCUGCGAAUCCCCCAUCCCACGCAUCUCGGAACCAACCUCACCAGCCGUUCCACAAAAGUUCCUGCACCAUCAGCGGCGAAUGCUGUUCUCACUGCGCAAACGCUACGUGCACGGUGACAACGAGUUCUGGAGAGAGAACGUCGAAGCCCAAGGCCUACAGGUGCUUCAGUGGAACAUUGACGAGGUUUGUCAGCUCCUGAUUCACAUGGGACUGGACAAAUACAUACCUGAGUUCUCGGUGAACCAGGUCAAUGGCCCCAGGUUCUUGGAUUUGGACGGCGGAAAACUAAAAGUAGGUUUGGAAGGGAUUUAUUGGCGAUUUCAAAUAAUUUUGUGCCUUUUAAAGAAAGUUUUGAUUAUUUUAUGUCUCUAAAGAAAGUUUUGGUUAUUUUACGUUUUGUAAAGAAAGUUUCUUCUAUUUUCUGUAUAAAACAACUAAAAUUUGAUUUGUGCAGGCGACAUUUUUUUUUGUAAAGAAAGUCCUUGCCAUUUUUUGUUUUGUAAAGAAAGUUCUUGCCAUUUUUUGUUUUGUAAAGAAAGUUCUUGCCAUUUUUCAUUUUGUAAGCUAAGUUUUUGCUACUUCAGUUUCAGACUCUAUUUAGGCGUUAAAAUAUUCAAAUUUGAACUAAGAAUUGUAUAUACUUUUUAAUUUUAUAUCUAAUGUUGUCAUUUCCAGACCAUGGGCAUCAAUAAUCACUCGGAUCGUGCCAUAAUCAAGAAGAAGAUCAAGACGAUCAAGCAAAGAAUCGAAAGAGAACGAAAGCUUCUGGAGAAGGAGAGUCGCCAAAGAACCAUCAAGAUGUCUGCCAAAUAA